AAAGGACUCGGUUUGAGCCUGCAGGAUGGGAUCCAAGCAGAGGAGGAAGCCGCUCCUGGGUUGGAAACUGAAUCAACCCUGCACCAAGGGCCAUCAGUGGGGCCGGAAGACUCUUCAAGAUCCCAGCGCAAACCCAGGAGCGCAGGACCCGCAGCAGGACAACAGCUCUUGAAGACCAAGGCUGGAGUUGGGGUCCCAAAGCCAAGUGAUGGUGUUGCUGGCGAGGCUCCAUCCCUCUUUGAAGAGACUUUGGAGAUUGAUGUGGGCCUCACUGCUAUGACAGAAAGUGAGGAGAAGGAGCUGGACCUCCCUGUCCUACAGCAACAAGAGGAUGCCCAAGGCCUGACAAGCAAAGAGAAGCAAAAGCAAAGGAAGCGGAAGGAAAAGGGUUUGCUGGGAGAAAGAGGGAGGAGGAAGGAUAAAGUGGUGGAAAGAAAAAGAGGGAGGAAGGAGGAUAAACUGGAUGAAAGCCCUGGGGAUGCGAUGGAAAGCAUCAAGGAGGAAAGUGCUGAUGGGAGCAGCAGUAAGACAAGGGCACAGGGAAGAGCCAAGAAAGGGAGCAACAACAACAGCAAGAAAGAGGGUGGCAUGAAGAAAAAGCAGAAGAAGGGACAAGAGGGGAAGCACAAGGAGGUUAAAAAGGUGGGAAAGAUGGGGAAGAAGACAAUAAAGAAGGAAAAGCUGGAAGAGGAGCAAGAGCUGGAGAAGGCAAAUGAAGAGGAAGGAGCGAAUGGAGUGGGAGAUGAACUGGAGGAGAAAGAUGGGGUGGGAAAGGGAAGUGAAGACAGGGAAGGGGUGAAGGAGGAGGAGGAGAAAGGGGAUGAAGGAUGUGGAGAGACACAGAGUGCAGGUAUCAAGGAAGAGGUGAAGGAUGAGGAGGGUGAGGAAGGGAAGGGAGAUGUGCCACGGAAAAGGACGGUUAAAAAGGCAGAGGAAGAGAAGGGGGAGAAGAGUGAAGAGGAGGAAACCCCGAGGAAGAAGCCAAAGAGGGAAUCUAAGGAAGAAGGAGGGGAAAAGAGCAAUAAAAAGGCUAAAAAGAAGAAAGAGGAAGAAAAAGAGGCCACUGAAAAGAAGUGGAAAUGGUGGGAAGAGGAGAAGAAAGAAGAUGGGAUAAAAUGGAUCCAGCUGGAGCACCGAGGACCCUACUUUGCCCCCCUCUAUGAGCCACUGCCUGAGGAUGUGCAGUUCUAUUAUAAUGGCAAACCCAUGAAGCUGAGCCUGGCCACGGAGGAAGUUGCCACGUUCUAUGCCAAAAUGCUUGAUCAUGAAUAUACAACCAAAGAGAUCUUCCAGACCAACUUCUUCAAUGACUGGAGGAAGGAGAUGACCUCAGCGGAGCGGAAGGUAAUCAAGGACCUGGACAAGUGCGACUUCAGUGCGAUCCACAAGUACUUUGUGGACAAAAAUGAGGCACGUAAAGCGCUCCCCAAAGAGGAGAAGCAGAAACUGAAGGAGGAGGCGGAUAAGAUCCAGGAGGAAUACGGGUAUUGCAUCCUCGAUGGGCACCGGGAGAAGAUAGGCAACUUCAAAACUGAGCCACCAGGGCUCUUCCGUGGCCGUGGUGACCACCCCAAGAUGGGGAUGCUGAAGAAGAGGAUCAUGCCAGAAGAUGUUAUCAUCAACUGCAGCAAGGACUCCAAGAUCCCUGAGCCCCCACAAGGACACAAGUGGAAGGAGGUGCGCUGCGAUAACACCGUUACCUGGCUGGCCUCGUGGACAGAGAACAUCCAGCACACAUUGAAGUACAUCAUGCUGAACCCCAGCUCCAAGCUGAAGGGACAGAAGGACUGGGAGAAGUAUGAGGUAGCUCGACGCUUAAAGGAUGUCGUCCACAAGAUCCGUGCCCAGUACCGGCUCGAUUGGAAGUCCAAGGAGAUGAAGGAGCGGCAAAGAGCAGUGGCCCUGUACUUCAUCGAUAAGUUGGCCCUGCGAGCUGGCAAUGAGAAGGAGGAAGGUGAGACCGCAGACACAGUUGGCUGCUGCUCCCUGCGUGUGGAGCACAUCAGGCUGCACCCUGAGCUGGAUGGGCAGAAGCACGUGGUGGAGUUUGACUUCCUUGGGAAAGACUCCAUCCGUUACUACAACAAAGUGUCCGUGGAGGAGCCGGUGUUCAAGAACCUGAAGCUGUUUAUGAAGAACAAGGGCCCUGCAGAUGACCUCUUUGACAGGCUCAAAACGUCCAUCCUGAACAAACACCUCCAGAAUCUGAUGGAUGGUUUGACUGCCAAAGUGUUCAGGACCUACAACGCCUCCAUCACCCUGCAGGAGCAGCUCAAGGCCCUUACUAAUUCUGAAGACAGUGUUGCAGAAAAGCUCCUCGCCUACAACCGAGCUAACCGAGCGGUGGCCAUCCUGUGCAACCAUCAGAGGUCUACACCAAAAACCCAUGAGAAAUCAAUGCAAAUCCUCCGGACCAAGAUCGAUGCCAAGAAACAAAAAGUGGAGGAAGCUCAAGAAGAGCUGAAGAAAGCUGAAGACGAGUUCAAUGACACAAAAGAUGCCAAAGCAGAAGCCAAUGUGGCGAAGAAGAAGAAGAAGUUGAAGCAGCUGGAAGAGCAGCUCGCCAAGUUGAAUGUCCAGGCCACAGAUAAAGAGGAGAACAAGCAGAUAGCUCUGGGCACAUCCAAGCUGAAUUACCUGGACCCCAGGAUUAGUAUAGCUUGGUAA